AGACAUUGAACACAGUCUGGCUUGACUUAAAGCUAAACUACAACAGGUGCGAAGUAAAGGUCGUAAGCGGCCUCAUUAUAUUCAGAGUUACUUCCCUUUAACAUCCAACAUGGUUUCUUCCACGAUUUCGAUGGAUGUGAUACAGAAAGAUUUACCCGAUGCCUUAAAUAUGUUGGAGAAACUCCCUAAUUCAAUCCAUGAGACAAACAAAUUCUUCAAAUCUCUAAUCCAAAAAGUCAAUUCAGAAGAUUUCAAUAUUUCUGAUGGAAUUGGAUUUCUAACAGUGAAGUGCAACAUUUUAUUGAACUAUAUCACAGAUUUGUCUCUCCUUCUUUUGGAGAAGGCAGAAGGAAAUACUUUGCAAAAGAAUGAAGCAGUUCAAAGACUUGUGGAGAACAGAAUUGUAUGGGAGAAGAUUUUACCCAUUGACAAUAAACUCAAGUAUCAAAUCGACAAAGUCGUUCAGUCAGCUGUAACAGGCAAAGGUGUUGCAGAUGCUUUGGAAUAUCGAGCCAAACCUGAGAAUCUUAUCCCAAAGCUUGAAGAUGAAGAUGACGAUGAGAAUAAUCCAGAAGAAACGGGACAUCAUAAUAUAAAACCCUACGUUCCUCCUAAAUUGGCUGCUGUCCAGUGUGGUCAAAUGACUGCUGAAGAACGUCGAGAGAAACUGAUUGAGAGAGCAAAGAAACGAGCUCUUGGCAGUACACUGCUACAGGACCUGAAACGAGAGUAUGAUGAAGGACCAGAGGAAUAUAUGGAAAGUAACAGUUUACACAGAAUUAAAGAAAAUAAAGAAGCAAAAGAAAGAAUACGUUAUGAAGAAGAGAACUUUGUCAGACUUCCAAUCAGCAAAAAAGAGAAGAUGGCGUCUCGAAGACUUACCACAUCAGCUUCCCUCGGUCAACUUGCCAACUUUGAAAAUAUUAACGUUCUUUAUGAUGAAAAUGAUUUUCACCUGGAUGAACCAAGCAAGAAAAAGAAAAAAAUGAAGGGUAAAGGGAAGAAAAAAGGUUUCAAAAAGAAACGGAAACUUUAAACAGUAUUUCUGAUUAAUAAAAAUUGUUUUGUAAA